AAUAGGAUUUUGCAAAGCGUCCUAAGCUGACGUCAACCCGGUACCGAUGAACAACCGGUAGCAGUGAAGAGAGCUGAGUGGCUCCCCGGUGGCUCAGGCUUUGUCCGCUAAUCCCCCUGUCAAACGUGCAAACACCAUGCCUUUCGAUGUCAGGAGAUUCGAUAUCUACAGGAAAGUACCUAAAGAUCUCACCCAGCCCACAUACACAGGAGCUUUCAUUUCCAUCCUCUGCUGUGUCUUCAUGCUCUUCCUGUUCCUGUCUGAACUGACAGGAUUCAUUGCCACUGAAAUUGUAAAUGAACUGUAUGUGGAUGAUCCUGAUAAAGACAGUGGUGGGAAGAUAGAUGUGAGUUUAAACAUCAGUUUGCCAAACUUACACUGUGAUUUGGUGGGUUUGGACAUCCAGGAUGAAAUGGGCCGCCAUGAAGUCGGGCACAUAGAUAACUCAAUGAAGGUGCCUCUCAACCAGGGCUAUGGUUGCCGCUUUGAGGGAGAGUUCACCAUCAACAAAGUACCAGGAAACUUCCAUGUGUCGACACACAGUGCCACAGCGCAGCCCCAAAACCCGGACAUGACCCACACCAUCCACAAGCUGGCCUUUGGAGAAAAGCUCCAGGUACAAAAAGUCCAAGGUGCCUUCAAUGCGUUGGGAGGGGCCGAUCGGCUGGCAUCAAAUCCUCUGGCCUCACAUGACUACAUACUGAAGAUUGUUCCAACGGUAUAUGAAGACCUGACAGGCAAACAGAGGUUUUCCUACCAGUACACAGUUGCCAACAAGGAAUACGUGGCUUACAGCCACACAGGCAGGAUCAUCCCGGCCAUCUGGUUCCGAUACGACCUCAGUCCAAUCACAGUCAAGUACACAGAGAGGAGGCAGCCGUUCUAUCGCUUCAUCACAACAAUCUGUGCCAUCAUCGGAGGGACGUUCACAGUAGCAGGCAUCAUCGACUCCUGUAUAUUCACCGCUUCAGAGGCGUGGAAGAAGAUCCAGAUAGGAAAAAUGUCCUGAGGACCGCUCUUCACACCCUACGUCUUAUUUAUAUUUUGAAAGGUCUCUAGUCUGUUAGCUAUAUCUAACGCUGCUUGAACCAAGUCCAUUGUUGAGGUUACACCAAAAACUGACCAGUGAAUUGGCUUAAGCCCUAGAUGUAGCUACCAUGCUACCACGGCUGCACCUCAGUUUCUAAACCUCCUCUCCAUCUGCCCUGGUGACCUGCUGGCAUCGGCUGUCGCAUGUCCUCAGUGGAAGAAGAGGGAAGGAGUGGAGACCCCAUAUGUCAUUUGUUACUGUUGAGAUGAAGUCUAAGGUACUGUGUUAGGGUCCACCCAAUGAUUCUUGAAGGCCGAUUUUGGUAUUUUAGAGUUGCUGACAUGUGCCAAGACGUAAUCUUUUUAAAAUUCACAUUUUUCACGCUAAAAACAUUACAAAUAUUCAGUGUUUUCCCCCCAGAAUUUAUUCUUGCCACAGGUGGAAAGUCUCUGAAAUGGCAUGAAAACUGCACUCAAUUCAGCGGUAGGGGAAAUCCUGGGACCCACUUAUCUUUAAAUGAACGCAAAGAAAUUAAAAAAUAAAUGUGCAAAUAAAUUUUCAUGGAGCAGCCCUCGUCCUGUCAGCAGAGGAUGGCAUUACUGGCUAAUACGAGGCCAAUAUCCGCCCAUUGUAUUGGUAAACUGAUCUAUCGGUCUAGCCCUACUGUGUAUGGUUCCAUGAUUCUGCAAAAGGGAGCGGUUAGCUGAAGAAAUGUCGAACUGUCUGUCCUAGAAGCCGGUGUUCUGGCAUAAACUGAACUCAAAUCGCGAUUCGUUAAUCCUGUUACUGACACUCUCGUUGAAGCUGUAUUUUGUACUGUGUGACAUGAAAGUUGGUUCAGCCUCAUCAGUUUCAUCUCAAGUGUUCAAAUUGUGUGCCUUUCGGUUUGAUACUCCUCUAUGUACCAUAUAAGAUUACCAGCUUUAUACCAUGUAAGGACACUUUUUUCCAAUCAGUUGACGUGGCUGUCAGUAAAAACAGUGUUUUCACAGGUUCUUUUCUGCAUGCAUCUGUAUAGACCGGUUCUUAAGGUCUGCAUUAUUAAGACAACUUAUUUUACACGGUGAUCCUUGUUUACUUAUACCCACUGUUUCAUCUUAGCUGUUUAAUUUUCUUGUUUAAAAAAAAAAAAAAGAUGAUCCCCAUUGAUAAGAAAAAUCUUUGAUAGCUGACAUUUAAGUUUUGACUAUUGUAAUUGCAUUUUGAUAUUUUGCAAAGAUUGUGAAUGUCUUUUUUUUACCGAGAGAGAUUGAUUUACUUUGAAUUAUUCUACAUUGUGUGAGUUUGUUUGCUGUUCAUGUUAUUCCAUGACGUUGCAAUGAAGUUUUUUGUUUCAUAUGGAGGGAAAAAUCAUUUUCUUUUUUUUUCUUUUUUUUUUUUCUUUUUUUUUUUACCACUGCUACUCUGCUCAAGGACAGCAAUAAUCACAAGUCCUCAGAACUGGUCUUUCGUGCAUUUCCUGUUUUGUGUCCCAAAAGACUUUGUAACACUAUCUGUUCCUCAAGUAAAGGUACCGUAAGGAAUUUCGUAUUGCACGCCACGGCUUCAGGUUGCUGUAAGUGUUCAUUCAUCUGUUACACUGCACUGUACCGCCUGCCAAGCUUCAUGGUGGAGUUAAACAAUCUGAUUGAUCACUGUAAUCCUUUGUGACAGCUCAUUGUAAGACACAUCUAAUUGGUUUGGCGCCCUGCAAGCAAGAACCUCCCUCCAGUGAGCAUUUCCAAGGAAGGAUUUGACCUGUGAUUUUGGCCAGUCCUGUUUCUCCAACCUGCAGAGGCGCGAGUAAUUAGUUGAUUAAAUGAUUUCACUUCCAAGUAGUUAUGAUGUCUGGGUCAUUCAACACAGAUCAGCUGCUGAUUUCAAAGACUUUAUUCGGAGAUAAAUGUUUUCUCAUUACUGACACUUGUUAGCUGCAUCAAAACAGCCCGCUCUAGACCUUUUCACCUGAAACAGACUGAUUAAUAAGUCCAGGGGACUACUUGGUCAAUGAAUAUUCAUAGAUAUGGAAAGUGGAAUCAGUGUCCCUCUAAUUAACGAGUGUGUGCAUGAAGUGUACUUUGGAGGCAGAUGCUGCUAGAUUCCCCCAGUUGCCAGCCAAAGUCAACACCGUGCAGGUCGUCAGGUGUGACACGAGUGUGUAAAAGGCCGCUAAGCUGUCAGCCGUCAUCAGUGCUUACGCCCAGUUCUGAUAAGAGGUGCUUAGUGUGACUCACUCUUUUAUUCGCCCUACAUCUCACUGUUUACCUACAUCGCCUCAUUCCUUGCUCACAGAGCUGUGGAUCCAAGCAUGUCCACCCCCACUAAAGGAGACAGUUGCGGGAAUAGUACCAUUACAGAGUGAGGUAGAGCUUUAAAAAUGUGCUCAUUUAUUGUUUCGUCCCGUAGGUCAUCUAGAGCAUGUGGCUCAGGCCUGCACUUUAUGGCAGUGUGAUGACUGACCAGUUUGUUUUCAUUCUCUGAUGAGGAACAACUAUUUGCUUUUCCCUAAACCUGUGUGUCCUGCCAGCACUGUACUCUCUUGGUGUUUUCCCCAGUAUUUGUGACCAUGGCUGUUUGUUUACAUCCACUGCCUCA